AUGGCCGCGAUAAACACUAACGUUGCCUCUGCGCCCUCCGUAAUCACCACCUUCCCGAGAGUUCACUUGGAAAUCAUGGAACAAGUGAUCGAUAUGCUCAACGCAGACGCCAAUAUCGACGCUGUAAAGGCGUGCUCCCAAACAUGUAAGGCGCUUCUUCCUCGCUGUCGAGCACACAUUUUCUCUAGUAUCGAUCUCGAUCCUGCACUUUCUGCCUGCCGGUACACUUAUGACGAUUCGGACGAAGAUGACGGUGACGAAACCCAGACAAGUACUGUUAGCCACACUCGCAGGAUACCAUUGUUCCUCAAUCUCAUCGAUCGGACGCCUGAGAUUGCAUUCUACGUGCAGGAGCUUAAUCUAGUCAUCCGCCAAAAGGACUCCAACUCACCCAGAAUUAUCUGCGCAUUAAAUUUGCUCUCCAACCUCACAUCGUUCAACAUCGGACACGAUAACCCAUAUCUCAACGUAUCUUCAUUAGACUGGCAUGGCCUCUCCCCAAUUUUUAUAUCCGCCAUCCAUCGCAUCAUCAGCUCACCCAAACUAAAAAAGCUCGGCUUUGCGUCUAUCAGCAAUUUCCCUCUGUCCAUAUUCUCAUUGUGCCCUGGCAUAAAAAAUCUCUCUUUGUGGGGUAUCAGGCCUGUAAAUAGUGAACCUCCGCCCCCCAUGAUGACCCCCAUUCUCUUGCAGAUACUCUCUUGCGACGAAGACGGCAUCUGUCUUGUAGAACGAACCCUCAUGAGAUCCAAACAUCCGAUACUGGAUUUAACCCAACUUCAACAGUUGACUGCACUUUUCUACGAAGAGAGGGGUAACGCUUCCAUGAAGGAGGUAUUGUCCACAUCUGAAUCUCUCGUUAAAGUUGACUUGCACGGCACGAGUCACUUCAUAUAUUUGGGUAUUGCUCAAUCCAUAGCCUCCAGGUCCCUAGCCACUUUCCAAUCAUUCCAGCUUUCCACGUACACCCCCUCGCAUUCGGACAGGGGGUCCAAAUCCAUUCGAAAAAUAUGCGCGGAACUCCAGGUGCUGUCAGAUGCGCCUAAUCUACAACACAUUUCCAUAUCUCUCAGCCUGACAAACAAUUAUCGGUUCCGCACAGGCGUUUUACUUGCACUCGAUAGGUUGCUUACUGGGCCUGGGUUUCCCAGAGUUGGUAGCGUAGGACUACAUCUUAGCGCAGCUGGUGGACGGGGUGAUUUUAAAUCAGCGAUGGAGGCUGUAAUUAGAGAAGAGCGGCCGCAGGUCCAACACAGGGCAUAUCCCCCUCUUUGUCACAUGAAGCGUUUCGUAAAUGACUUAUUUUCAAACGCACCAGAGCUUCCCAGGCCGUCUCACUUGGGCCCAAAUUCCAACGCAUCCUGGGGAAAAUUUUUAGAAAGGAGUGACCGUCACGCUGUCACGCUUACUAGUCACAAUUUACAACAUGGCAUUCCCCUCUUCGUUCGAGCUUUCUACCCCCUUCCGUGCCAGGUGGGCGUGGAACACGGACCCAGUAUGCAAUGGACACAGCCCCGUUUCUUGUAUGGGUGGUGUCUUGCCGGGGCAGUGGGCUCAGGUGGCAAUAACUUGAAAUUGUGGUCUGGCUCAAGGUCCUCCUCCCGCCUUUGCGAGCUGGAAUCGAACCCUUACCCUUCACCUCGGCAAGGGGCAACGAGCAUGGGCCUCGGCUCUGGGUCCUUUUAG